UGGAUUCCCGAUUUAGCCGCGCGUAAAUCUUCCAUACUGGAGCGCUCGCUGGCCAGGCCGAAGACAGAAGUCAGCCUCAGCGCCUUUGCUCUUUUAUUUUCCGAGAUAGUCCAGUACUGCCAGAACCGAGUAUAUUCGGUUUCUGAGCUGCAAGCCAAGCUGUCCGAGCUGGGCCAGCAAGUGGGAUGCCGGAUCCUCGAUCCGCUGGUGAUGAGGGAGAAGAACGGCAAACGUGAGACCAAAGUGAUCAGCGCUCUGCUCUUCAUCAAGGUGGUGGCCUGGAAGGCGCUAUUCGGGAAAGAAGCGGACAAGCUGGAGCAAGCCAACGACGACGACAAAAACCUACUACAUUAUUGAGAAGGACCCUCUGAUCAACUCUUAUAUAUCCGUCCCAAAGGAGAACAGCACUCUGAACUGCGCUUCCUUCACAGCCGGCAUCGUGGAGGCUCUGCUGACCUGCAGCGGCUUUCCGGCUAAGGUGACCGCCCACUGGCACAAGGGGACCACUCUCAUGAUCAAAUUCGAUGAGUCCGUCAUUGCUCGGGACAAAUCGCUGGAUGGACGCUGA